GUCUCGACCAAACAUCAAGAAGUGCACAGUUAUUGCUUUCUUUUCCCUCUCUUCAGAUCACGAACAAGGACUACAGCUUAGAAUACCCACACAGACGCAAAUAUGGCUGGCGACCCACGAGCGCUGCUUCGUCAGGCAGAGACCUCGCUGCAGAAGGCAUCUGGCGGAUUCAGCUUUUUCGGUGGGCGGCAAGAGAAGUACGAGGCAGCAGCAGAGCAGUUCAUCGCCGCAGCAAAUGCGUUCCGUAUGCAGAAAAUGGGCAAGGAGGCUGGCGAAGCAUUUGAAAAGGCAGCAUCAGUCCAGCGCCAACAGCUGAACGAGCCAGAUGACGAGGCCAACACACUCACAGAAGCCUUCAAGGCCUACCGCAAGGAUGACCCAGAAGCAGCAGCAAGAUGCUUAGACAAAGCUGUUGCACACUACUGUAGCAAAGGCAACUUCCGUCGCGCAGCCACUCACAAGCAGAACCUUGCCGAACUGUACGAAGUCGAGCUCGGCGACAACGCUCGUGCAGGUGCAGCCUAUGAAGAAGCUGCUGGCUGGUACGAGAGUGACAAUGCAGAGGCACUCGCAAACAAACUCUGGCUCAAGACCGCCGACCUCGUCGCCCUGGAAGGCAAGGACUACUACAAAGCCAUCUCACUCUAUGAGAAGGUUGCCAAAACCUCCAUCCAGAACAACCUCAUGCGCUGGUCUGUCAAAGAGUAUCUGCUCAAGGCCGGAAUCUGCCAGCUAUGCACUGGCGACCAGGUCGGUGUCAAUGCUGCGCUCGACAGGUACAGGGAGCUGGAUCCAAGCUUCAGCCAGCAGAGGGAGCACCAGUUGCUGUGCGAUUUGGCGGCAGCGGUGCAGGAGGGCGAUCAGGAGCUGUUUGCUGAUAAGUUGUUCCAGUAUGAUCAGCUGAGUAAGUUGGACAAGUGGAAGACGACGCUGUUGUUGAGGAUCAAGGCGACGAUCGAGGAGACGGGUGAGGACUUCUCGUAGGUGCACAUCGCCGGGAGCUUUUUGAGGAGCCAGAUGUGUAUAUGAGUUGGAGCUGAACAUAUUGAACGCUUUCAGAUGCUCAUAAGAUUUCAUUAUUUAUGUUCUUCGUGUACUCGCUGGAUUCUGUGUAUGUUUACCUUAUCAACCAAACCCCGACAGCAUCUAGGCCCUCUUGAGCUCCUUGUUCUCACCGACGGCCGCUGACGAUGGUGGUGGCACUUUCCCCGCAUCAUCCUUCGACCCAAGGAAGCCUCCAAUGUCCAGGUUUUUCGUCUUAUCUUGCAUGACCUGCCACAUGCUCUGCUCACUCUUCUUUUGCACCUCGCCCUCCAGCUUCUGCUUCUCUUUCUCACCAUCCUUCUCCUCUUCUCC